AUGUCCCGAGCUGUUCUCAUUACCGGAGCCACGGGCAAGCAAGGCGGAGCCGUUCUCGACGCUUGGGUUGCCGUCUCGGAUGUUGGAGCCUUCGCCGCCAAGGCACUUGAGAAUCCCGAGGCGUGGAACCACAAGGUUACCGGUUUGGCCGGGGAUCAAGCCACCUUCGAGCCGAUUGAUGCCGCUUUCCACGAGGUUCACGCGCCGUAG